AUGAAGCGAGUAUCAGAAGUUAUGGCAAACAAAUAUAAAAUAUCAUCUCAGCGGGUAUACCAAAUAUGGAGAGAAGUUCAUCUCCCGAUAGAUCCUAAAGAGAUGGUAUCAUAUCCACCAACAGACCUACCUUUAGAUUCUAAAAAGAUAGUAUCAACUAAUACUAAUUCAUUCUAUGGAGAAAAGAUGGACCUCCACAAGUCCUCGACCGAAAACACUCAGGGUAAAGGAUUACAUGGGGAAGAAUUAAGAGUAUUUUAUAAAAAGAAUGUUAAGGAAGAUGAAAAAAAUAAAGCAGAGACAGCUCGCUUAUUGGCUACUACUUAA